GGGGGCGGGGCGGUCACGUGCGCCCGAGGGGGCGAGGCCCCAGCCUGCCCGGGAGCAAACCGAGCUCGCCCUGCCGCAGUUCGCAGGUCGGGAACCAAACUUUUUCCAGGACGGUCAACGCUUCAUCGAGGCAGCCUGGAGCGCGUGGCAAGGCGUCUGCGGACUUGGGGGAACAACAGUUUGCGAGGGAGGGAGCAAAGGUUCCCAAGGACCAGUGAGAGGAGUUUGGGAGCGAGCGUAGGAACCCUGAUAUCUCCGCCAACAGAGGUGCGCUCCGAGACAAGUGCUCCCUCAGCUCUAGGGGCACGGGCAAAAGGCUGCUGACCCGUAAGACUGUAGGAGUCAGUACGUGGCUGGGAUUCAGGAGCUCGCUGUGGUCAUGGUGAAUGAAAGUCUCAACCAGGAGGAGAACAAUGACAGACCUGCGCCAGAGUCCGAAUUCCAGAUGGACACCAGCUACUCCACCCAGCCCAGCGGCUCCAUCCACCCUAGCGUCUCAGGCCACCCCAGUGUAUCCAUCCAUCCCAGCGUCUCAGGCCACCCCAGUGUCUCCAUCCAUCGUAGUGUCUCCAUCGACCCCAGCGUCUCUGUCCGUCCCAGCAGUUCAGCACCCCCUAGUACCUUGGCUCAACCCAGCGCUUUGACCCAUCACAGUAGCUUGGUUAGAGAAGACAGCGUGAUCAAGGUGAGCAAGCGUCGUUGGGUCGUGGUCCUGGUGUUCAGUUGCUACUCCUUGUGCAAUGCCUUCCAGUGGAUCCAGUACGGCUCCAUCAAUAACAUCUUCAUGAACUUUUACGGCGUCAGCGCCUUUGCCAUCGAUUGGCUGUCCAUGUGCUACAUGCUGACCUACAUCCCUCUGCUCCUGCCCGUGGCCUGGAUGCUGGAGAAAUUUGGUCUUCGAACCAUCGCUAUCACCGGCUCAGCGCUCAACUGCCUGGGAGCCUGGGUGAAACUGGGCAGCCUAGAGCCUCACCUCUUCCCGGUCACAAUGGUGGGUCAGGUCAUCUGCUCUGUGGCACAGGUCUUCAUCCUGGGCAUGCCCUCGCGUAUUGCUUCGGUCUGGUUUGGAGCUGAUGAGGUUUCAACAGCCUGCUCCGUGGCUGUGUUUGGCAAUCAGCUUGGAAUUGCAAUUGGGUUUUUGGUCCCUCCUGUUCUGGUACCCAACAUCAAAGACCCGGAAAAGCUUGCCUACCACAUCAGCAUCAUGUUCUACAUAAUAGGAGGUGUGGCCACUCUCCUCUUCAUCCUUGUCAUCAUCGUAUUCAAGGAGAAGCCCAAGUACCCUCCCAGCAGGGCCCAGUCUUUGAGCUAUGCCUUGGCGACCACUGAUGCUUCGUACUUCAGUUCCAUCGUCCGGCUUUUCAAAAACCUCAACUUCGUCCUGCUGGUCAUUACCUAUGGUCUGAAUGCUGGUGCUUUCUACGCCUUAUCCACUCUGCUGAAUCGCAUGGUGAUCUUGCACUUCCCGGGGCAAGAAGUGAAUGCUGGAAGAAUCGGUCUGACCAUCGUCAUUGCAGGGAUGUUCGGAGCUAUGAUCUCAGGCAUCUGGCUGGAUAAAUCCAAAACCUACAAGGAGACAACCCUGGUAGUGUACAUCAUGACUCUGGUGGGCAUGGUGGUAUACACAUUCACCUUGAACCUGAACCGUUUGUGGGUAGUAUUCAUCACUGCUGGCACACUGGGCUUCUUCAUGACUGGCUAUCUGCCCCUGGGGUUUGAGUUUGCUGUGGAGCUCACAUACCCAGAAUCUGAAGGCGUGUCGUCUGGCCUCCUCAAUGUGUCGGCACAGGUAUUUGGGAUCAUCUUCACCAUCUCCCAAGGCCAGAUUAUUGACAACUAUGGAUCAGUGCCUGGGAACAUCUUCCUGUGUGUGUUCCUUGCCCUUGGGUCAGCUCUGACAGCUUUCAUUAAGUCAGAUCUUCGGAGACAGAGGGCAAACAAGGAUGCUCCUGAGACUAAAGUCCAGGAGGAGGAAGAGGAGGAGGAGAGCAAUACCAGCAAGAUACCCACCGUCGUGUCGGAAGCUCAUCUCUGAGAGAGGGGGCAGAGGCUCGAACACAGACACUCACCUCUUGGUUCCAGUUAGCUGUUACUGCCAGCUCUUAGAUUUUCACGGGGAAACUUUUAGAAGCAGCCGGAAGAUGUGUGCCUUGCACGGCAGUGCCUAAGCCUACUGGACCCUACCUGAGAACCUGGAUGGUUUACUCGGGGAAAACCUCACCUCUCUCCAGAUGCAGACUGGAUUCUGGUCCCCACUCCCCUGUUAGGUCUUGUGCUGGGAGAGGGUGCGGAGGGUGUUGGAGUCCGUCCUUGCUUGGUCUCUUGCCUUCUCUUAUCCCUUUCUUCUCUCGUGGAGAAUGCUUGCAAAAUUAUCCUAAGAAAGCUUAUUCAGGAUAUUAACUUUUUCUAAUGUCUUAAGAGCACUUCUUAUUGAGAAUGGGUGAACUGCUCUGCCCAAGGGUCAUGAGAGGAAGCACUGGUGGAGACAGGCUUCCAUCAUUCCAAGACAGCUCUAUCUGGACUCUUGGCUUUGGCCUUCCCCCUACUCCCCUAACUGCAGUGUUUCUUCAGAUUGUCUUUCUUGAGAGUCAAGGAGACUAAACACCAGUAAACAAGACAAAACCUCUGUGCCCCCAAAGGAGAAACAGAUUAGUGAGGGUUCUCUGCCUACAUGCGACAGUGCAGGGGGCUGUCAUGAGUGUGUGUGAAGCCAAGUUUGGAUGAAAAGUGUUUUCCUACCAAUGUGGUGCUCACCUAGGGCCUUCUGUGUCCCAGGCCACUCAGAAUAUCUUCAUUGGAUAUUGCACUGGGAAAUGCAGCCAUCAGGGCCUCAUUGGCUCUAACCUUUAUUAAAAGUUAGCCUCACUCAUUCUAUUCUGACAAAUAAGGCUAUCCCCGAGGAGAGAGGUAGCAGGCCUCUCUUAAAAUAGACAUGUCUGAUUCAGUUAAACAUGAUCCCAUGCAUAUUGAAGACUGUAUUUGAACAACCAAACCCUCUCCCUGCCCCUGCUAGCAAGAAUCUUUGUCAGAUAUUUUACAGUUAAAAGGAUUCUUUUGAAACCAAUCCCAGUUGACCUUCUUACCCACCCAGUCUGCUGGUUAUACUCAUGGGCUCUCCUAGUGUCUUCCCCAAAGAGAAACUGGCAGCUAAUUGUUCCUGUGCCUUGAGCAAUCUGGUCAUGGAUCAUUGGGUUGUCUGGCCUUAGCAUACCAGAUUACCCAGUUUGCCUGCAAUACUGGGGUGUUGGGCCAGAGGGGAUCUGCUGGUGUGUACACACAUGCGUGUUUGUGGGUGUAUAGACCUGAGCACUGGAUGGGAGGGAAGCAGCAGCCAGGUGGAGGGAGUGUUAGCGAUGGAAGAGAGAGAUACCUUACUUUCUGUCAAGAGAAAGGUGUUUUUUCUUCAAUUGUUCAAAGUGGACAUGUUUACUCAAUCCAUUUAUUUAAAAAACAUAAUUUGUAUUUCCUGUUUGUAAUACCAAAUAUUUUAAGGCAAUAAAGAUUUUCAAAGUG